UCGUCACGUGGAUAUGUUUACGUCUGGAGUCACUUCCGGGAUAGAAUGAUUGGCAGCUGUGUCGUCCAAUCAGAGGCCGAGCCUGCAGUGGUGCAUAUGGCGGAAGUUUGUGCUCAUGAAAGAAGAAGCUAGCGGAGGAUUAAACCUUUACAUACUGUCGGACUUCAAACGGGAUGAAGUCCAUCCUAAAUAUCGACCCCUGUGUGUGUUCCUCUACACGAGGCCUUCACCUGAGGAGUGACGUCACGGCCAGCAGCUGAGGUCCCGUAGGAGACAGAGCUCGAGACAGAAAGAAAGGUGUGACGCCAGCAGACGGCGUGACGACAGCAGGCGGCGUGUCAGGUUUCCAUCCCAGGCCUGUGCGUCUGGUCUUUUGAGUGCUUGUGUUUAUGGUUGUGUGUGUCCUUGAGUGAGAGGCUGCGGGGAGUUGUAAUGUGAUGCCAAGAUGCUGCUCUCCCUGGGAAUGCUGAUGCUGUCGGCCACACAGAUCUACACCAUCUUCACCGUUCAGCUCUUCGCCUUCCUCAACCUGCUGCCUGUGGAGGCCGACAUCGCUGCUUACUCGUUUGACAACAAGACCGAGACCUUCGAUGACCUGCCUGCACGGUUUGGGUAUCGGCUCCCUGGUGAUGGUUUAAAGGGCUUCCUGAUUGGAGCACGGCCAGAAAAUGCAUGCGAGCCCAUCGAGCCCCCUCCGAGGGAUAACCUGACGGGGGCCUUCAUCGUCCUCAUCAGGCGCUUCGACUGCAACUUCGACAUCAAGGUCCUCAAUGCGCAGAAAGCCGGAUACAAGGCGGCCAUUGUUCACAAUGUGGACUCUGAUGACUUAAUCAGCAUGGGAUCCAAUGACCUGGAUAUAAUGAAGCAGAUCGAUAUCCCCUCUGUGUUCGUGAGCGAGCUGACUGCCACCUCUCUGAGAGUGGACUACAUGUACGACAAAGGGGGACAUGUGGUCCUCAUGCCAGACUUCAGCCUGCCGCUGGAAUACUACCUGAUCCCCUUCCUCAUCAUCGUGGGAAUCUGCCUCAUCCUCAUCGUAGUGUUCAUGAUCACCAAGUUCGUCCAGGAUCGACACAGAGCUCGGAGAAGCCGCCUGCGCAAAGAUCAGCUGAAGAAACUCCCCAUCCACAAAUACAAGAAAGGGGACAGCUACGACGUGUGCGCCAUCUGCCUGGACGAGUACGAAGAAGGGGACAAGCUCAGAGUCCUGCCAUGUUCCCACGCCUAUCACAGCAAGUGUGUGGAUCCCUGGCUGACCAAGACUAAGAAGACGUGUCCGGUCUGCAAGCAGAAAGUGGUCCCCUCGCAGGGGGACUCUGACUCUGAUUCGGAGGAAGGGGAGAGCGGCCCCGAGGAGAAUGAGGAGGUUUCGGAGAGCACCCCUCUUCUGCGCUCCCUGGCCUCCACCAGCGCCCACUCCUUCGGCACCAUGUCAGCGGCGUCCCGCUCAGACCCCGAGCAGGAGUCCUCCGAGUACGAGGACGACGAGCUGGACAGCAGCGACAGCGAGGAGGAGGUCACCGUGGAGACCGUGGUGGUGCAGAUGCAGCAGCCGUGCUCUGAAGGUCAGGACCACGAGGAGGACCUGAUCCAAGCCUGACUUAAUGUGGGUCACCGAGUCCCGCCCCCUCUCGUCACAGCUGCAGAGACUUUGUCGGGGUCACCUUCUUCUUCUUUUGUCACCGCUUACGAGACGAUGUAAUAUAUCCUCAUCGUUUAUUUUAACAUGAUUACGGACAAACUGCUGACGGCUCAGAGUCCUGAUCCGCUUCAGAGUCCUGAUCCGCUUCAGGGGAGCUGAUCCGGUCUCACAGAGACCAGAGACACACCUUCACUCAGUAAAUACUCUGUAAAUAAAUAUUACACGCUUCAUCUUUAUGAUUAUUUCAUUACUGUACAGCUUCACUGACUCACCUGGAGACGCUCCUGUAACCAUAGAAACAUUUAAAGAGACAGUAACGUCCAUUUGCCAAUUUGUCUUCAGAUGUACGAAGGAGCGGAGCUGCUCCUCGCUUCUGUGCCACAAAGACCCACAAAGACCCACAAAGACCCACAAAGACCCACAAGAACCAGUCUGGGACACGUGUUCACAGCACUGAAUGUGAUUCUGUCUGCUGGACUGAGUCCUGAUGCCAGUUUAAGAGAGUGUGGAGUCCUGAUGCCGGUUUAAGAGGAGUGUGGAGUCCUGAUGCCGGUUUAAGAGAGUGUGGAGUCCUGAUGCCGGUUUAAGAGAGUGGAGCCCUGAUGCUGGUUUAAGAGGAGUGUGGAGUCCUGAUGCCGGUUUUAGAGAGGGGAGUCCUGAUGCCGGUAUAAGAGAGGGGAGUCCUGAUGCCGGUUUAAGAGAGGGGAGUCCUGAUGCCGGUUUAAGAGAGGGGAGUCCUGAUGCCGGUAUAAGAGAGGGGAGUCCUGAUGCCGGUUUAAGAGAGGGGAGUCCUGAUGCCGGUUUAAGAGAGGGGAGUCCUGAUGCCGGUUUAAGAGAGGGGAGUCUUGAUGCCGGUUUAAGAGAGGGGAGUCCUGAUGCCGGUUUAAGAGAGGGGAGUCUUGAUGCCGGUUUAAGAGAGUUGAGUCCUGAUGCCGGUCUAAGAGAGUCCCGUGUGCUGACCUGUCACCUGGUCUAACAGUUCCUGAUAGCCGGGCCUUGUUUCUAUGACUGACCUUAUUAACAUGUGGUUUAUAAUAACCUGAAGUUUGUUUUGCUCUUUGUUCAUGAACCUCUCGCCUUCUUUCAGGUCAUGUAUUCUGUGGUUAGUGUUUUCCUACUCAUGUAUGUGCUCUUUAUGAAUCCACUUCAAUAAAAUGGAAAUUACACUCAA